AUGCUGGAUGAUGAUGAGAAUGGUAACCCGAAAACUGUGCUAGCGAAUGGGCUAGAACGGCAACAGGGUACCCGAUGGCAUGAAUUUAAAUCUGGAAAAACACGAUAUCAACUACCGUUCAGUCGCAACUGGUUGCAUGCCUCAGCAAAUGAUGAUAACAAGCAUUCUUGUGAUGCCUCCAGUGAAGACAGUGACGAUUUGCCAACGGAUGUUCAAGCCUCCACGAUCUGUGUCGCUCCCAGCAUGCCACCGUUCACGGUUGACCCGCGACAUAAUUCUCUGAAACGUCGUCGAAGGUCGCGUGUCAGUAUUUCCGAGCGUUUACCCUAUCCUGUUGACGCGAUUAUCAAAUCAUCCACCACUAGCGCUUUCGGAAAUGUAAAAAUUAUUUUAAUAUUUGAAAAUCUUGUUGAUAAGAAUAGCACUGCAACAACAGAAUAA